UUAACUGGCCAAUGUGCUUGUAAGCCUGGAGUGACUGGACGUCUUUGUGAUACAUGUGAAGUCAGGCAUAUCCUCCUGGAACAGCAAUGCACAUCAUGUGAUGAUGACUGCACAGGAACAUUACUAGAUGACCUGGAUGAUCUUCAUAGAACCAUAUUCUCUAUAAACUUCACUGGAAUUGUCACAGUUCCUCAAGGAUUCAUGGCAUAUCUGGAAAACAUGACAGUGCAUGUAAAGGAAUCUGUGUUUACAAUUUCCAACAAGACCCAGAACAUGGACAAAACAGUGUCACACCUGAAUGCAGUAUCUUCAGACACAGUCCUGCUAGAUAACAGAUUGUCACAGGUAAAGAAGCAUGGGUUCAAUGUGAAUAAUUCCACCAUCAACACCCUGAACAAAAGCCAGGAAUUAAUGGGAUUUAUUGGCAAAAUGCAAACUACAAUUAAAGUGCUUAUAGAAGUGGCAGAAAGUCUGAAUGAGACACUUGGCAGUGAUGCCCAGCUGCCACUGAAUUACCAGGACGAUGUUUCAACCAAGCUGGAAGAGAUGAGCACAAAAAGCUUUAGUGAUCAUGACCAAAAUGCUGUAGAAAAUGCCAUAAGUUCAGAGGUCCUACUCUCUAGAAUUCAGAAGGAAUUUGGGAAGCCACAUGAAGACUUAGCAAAGUUGAAGAAGAGCCUUGAGAAUUCACUAGCUCAGCACACCAGCAAAUUGCUUGCAGCCAAAGACUUCAUAUAUGAAUCUGCUUCGAAC